AUGGAAGUGGUUUUUCCGUGGAAUUUUGCUGUCCAACUCAACUGGAAUAGCCCCCAGGCACUAAACAAUUGGGGACUCGCUCUUCAGGAACUCAGUGCAAUUGUUCCAGCUCGAGAGAAGCAAAAAAUUGUGAGGAUUGCAAUUAGGAAGUUCCGUGCAGCAAUACAGUUGCAGUUUGAUUUCCAUCGAGCAAUAUACAACCUUGGAACUGUUUUGUAUGGACUAGCUGAGGAUACCUUAAGAACAGGCUCCCCAAAUCUGAGUGAAGUUUCCCCAAAUGAGCUGUAUAGCCAGUCUGCUAUAUAUAUUGCUGCUGCUCAUUCACUGAAACCAAAUUACUCGGUUUACAGCAGUGCCUUGAGGCUUGUACGUUCAAUGUUGCCUUUACCCCAUCUUAAAGAUGGGUAUCUUACUGCACCACCAGUUGGAAAUUCAAUUGCACCUCAUAGUGUUUGGAAGAGAACAGAGUUUUUCUUGAAUCAUGAAGCUCUUCAACAGGUCAGCAGGGUGGAUCACAAACAAGUUUCCCGAAGCCUCUCUGGCAGAACUAUAGAUGUAACAAAUAUCGACAAAAAGGCUAUAAGAGUGGAAAUUCCCGAUAUUGUUUCUGUAUCAGCAUGCGCUGAUCUGACUUUACCACAUGGUGCAGGCCUCUGCAUCGAUACCACCUCUGGUCCGGUUUUCUUGGUAGCCGACUCGUGGGAAUCACUAGAUGGAUGGCUUGACGCCAUACGCUUAGUUUACACAAUUUAUGCUCGAGGUAAGACUGAUAUUUGGGCAGGUAUCAUUACGGGCUAAUUAUUGUUUACGGAUCGAGCUUUCAUAUUUUGUUUGGUUUAUCUGGCACGCCUUCUGUUUUCGUAGGAUCUAAUUUGUGACUUGCCCUGUAUAUCAUCAAAUACUGUACUGUUAUGCUA